AUGGAAGAAACGCCAGUAUUCGCUCCUUCAUCCUCAACCAAAGCAACAGUUCUUAAAUCCACAAUCUUCUUUCAAAGAAACUUCAAAGCCAAGGAUCGCGACAUUAUCUUAGCUUCCAUGCCUAAAUCAGGCACCACUUGGCUAAAAUCACUAAGCUUUAGCAUCAUCAACCGCAAGAAGAACUCAAUACUAAAGGGCCCUCUCCUCACCACCAAUCCUCAUGAGCUUGUACGUUUUCUGGAAUCAGCAAAAGCACUUUCCAUUGAUGAAGCUUUUGAAUUAUUUUGCAAAGGCAUAUACCCUUUUGGACCCUUUUGGGAUCAUGCUGAGGGGUAUUGGAAUGCAAGUUUAAAUGAUGUUCAAAAGGUGUUGUUUCUCAAGUACGAGGAUCUCAAAAUAGAUGCAACUUCUCACGUGAAGAAGCUAGCAGAGUUUUUGGGAUUUCCUUUUUCGCCAAAGGAAGAUGAAAAUGGUGUAGUUGAGGAAAUUGUUAGGCUUUGUAGCUUAGAGAAUCUCAGGAAUUUGGAGGUGAACAAGAACGGUGGUGUUAAUACUCUAGCUACUAAGUUUAAGGCUAGGAUCUCAAAAUAG